UCAUAUUAAUGUGGGAUCGAACUGUAUUAUAUAAUAAUAUUAUUAUUCAUAUUGAAUAAACAUAUUGAGCACAUCAAACAUGGCAAGUAACAAAAUCGGUGAUUCUGACACAAAUUGUCAAAUUAAACAAACAGAUUGUCCCGUUCACUGCGAUACUUCAAAUGCAACUAACAGAGAUUCAUCGACCUCAGAAAAUCCUCACAAGUUCUUCUUUCAUAAGAUAAUAAAAUAUUUCACGCGCUCCACUGCACGAAGACAAAGCAAAAAAAAGAAAUGUGAUACAAAGGAGCGAAGUGUUAGUACGAGUAAAUCUGACGAGAAAAUAUCGGUAUAUACUUCAUUAUCAUCGAUUGUAGAUAAUGUAAUUAAACCCGAUGCAAAGAUUGACGUUAAGCUGAAGCGAAGAAUGGUCGAUGCAAUCACCUUCACUACACAACUAUAUAAUGUUCUUGAUAAAGUAACACAUGAAAAUCAUUCAAACAUCAUAAAUCAUUUUGGUCAUGACCCAUCUUACCAAUAUGCAGCGAAAAACGUGGAUAACGUCAUUUCGGAUCGUGGCUGCGGUCCACUAUGCGUUGACAGAGAGACUCAAAGCAUUAACGUGAGUGAAGAAUUUAGUUCGGAGGCAAGCCGUGACGCUUUCGCGAAAGCAUGCGAAAAUAGGCGGCACACGGACUUUAUUCUCAAGAAAAUUGCAAAAAUCACUGACGCUUUGACGCAGAAAGCGCGUCACACUUCCGCGAAAGAACAGGCGGCUGCAAUCCUCGCGUCCAUAUCGAUGGCGCCUACGAAAUAUGAGAUGGAAGACCAAACAUUCGAGAACAUGAAAUCAUUAUUAUCUUUGCUUAUCCACGCGGGAGAGGAACCAAUUGUAGUAAAAGAAAAACUAUCUGUGGAAGAAAUACCAAGUAUUGUAGUAGAAGAAAAACCAUUUGUUGUAAUAGAAAAAAAAUCAUCUGUUGUAGUAGAAAAAAAACCAUCUGUUGUAAUAGAAAAAAAACCAUCUGUUGUAGUGGAAGAAACACCAAGUAUUAUAGUAGGAAGAAAACUAUCUAUUGUAAUACAAAAAAAAUCAUCUGUUGUAAUAGAAGAAAAACCAACUAUUGCAGUAGAAAAAAAACCAUCUGUUGUAAAAGAAAAAAACUCAUUUGUUGUAAUGGAAGAAGAGCCAACUAUUAUAGUAGAAAAAAAACUACCUAUUGUAGUAACAGAAAACUCAACUGCUAUAAUAGUUGCUUCAUCGACUGUAAUGCAACCAAAGAUACACGAGAAAAGAUUGGAAUCUCCUCCAAAUCAUUUUAUAUCGAAUUCACAAGAUUUUUCGGAAAGCUUACAAUUAGAUAAAUCUCCGAGUGCUUUGGAUAUCCAAGAAAAACCAUCAAUAGAAGACCUAAGGAAAACUAAACGUACGCGUGCAGUAUCGGUCACGUUUCCGAAAAAAGAUGAUCUUGGAGAUAUCGCAGAUCGUGUUGUUGCUAGAAAAAAGACAGAAGAAAAGAAAGAAUUAUUGAAGAAAACUUCUCUGCGACGAAAGUUAGAUAAACAUGCUUUCACUGAGAUAAAUGAUGAAAAAUAUGUAAUUAUAAAUUGUAUUCCAAAGGUAAAAAAGAAAAGGCCCAAAAGAGAUCAGCCUGAUAUUUUAAACCAAAAAGAAACUCAGACUGACUACUCAGUUUCAAAACAAGAAGUUGUACGAAGUGUCGAUUCUCCUAUCAAAAUUUUGAAGAAGGAAAAAGAAUUAGUCCAAAAAACCACAAAAGAGAUUUCCCAAAAAUAUAAAAAGCCAAAAUAUCGAGCCAAAUAUAGCAUUGAAAAAAAAGAAAAAAAGAUACUAUUGAAGAAAGACUCCAUGGAUUUCAUUGAAAGCUCGAAAUGUCUCAUUAGCUUGCCUGCAGCGAUAAAAGCAUCUAAGAUUUUUGAUCCUAUAAGACCAACAAUGAAAGAUUGUCAUAGAACACUAUCAGAAUCUUUAAAACCAACAAGAUAUUGCAAGGAUUUAUCGAGCAUCUGUCUUAGAAGACCCAAAUAUUGCGAUGUUUGGGCUACUCCAUGCCUUACCUCUAAAGAUACCGUAAAUGGUGCUUUCCCGCAAGAUUCAUGCGCGAUCAAAUAUCGUGCCAGUUGUCAUUCACUAAUUGACAAUUCGUCUAGAUAUUGUAACAUUGAUACAAAUUGCACAAAAUAUAGAGUAACAUUUGAAAAUUCAUUAUGUACCAAUAUGGACGGCGCAGAAUAUUAUUAUCCGCAUCUAAAUAAUAUUGACAACGUUCAAAUGAGAUAUUAUCAUUGUCCAGUAUUGAACAAUCAACAGUGUGUGUGGAAUCAAUUAUAUUACUAGACAAAGAGGAAUUUAUAUUUCACGCACUCAUGGAUACCGGAGCAUUUGUUGCGAUAUAAUUGAUAUUGACAAUGGCAACAUACGAUAUUUAACGUUACCGAUACAGAGCGAAAUGAUGAGGACCGAGCAAAUUAAAAUGGAUAAAUAUACGACGUAAUCUGUACUGCGGCCAGUGACAUGCGUCAAUCCUAAUUAUAUUUCACACUACAUACUAAUUUUAGUUAUUAACCCGUAUGUGCGAGUAGUCAUAAAGUUUCGCGUUCUGUCCAACGCGUAUACAUGUUAAUAAUUAAAAUUAAUAACGCGCCAAAUAUAGUUGCGAUAUACGUGCGACAGUCGACGCAUUGAUGCCAGACGACAAGAGAACGUAUCAUACGAUAUAUUAAUGCGGACAGAGUGAUUAUAUGUUUGCAUAGCAGUUUAUAUUACUCAUUAUGACAACCAGUUUAUGAUUAUUCACCAAUAAUAACAAAUAGUUGGAACUAGCAUUUCAAGAAACGCAAAAAUCGACAAAAAUCGAAAGAAACCUUUGCAUUGCAAAAACUCGCUUAUUACGGAAAAAUUGCCAGUCACAAAAGGACCGAGAUCGUUUGAGCGGUUUUUCAUGCUUGAGAAGCUACUUAGCUAUUUAGGAAAUAUCCAUGGACAGAAAAAAAACCGCAGACGCGACAGACCGUUACCGUCCUCGCAAGAAACGCCAAACAGUGUCGAAAAGAGCUUGCGGGCAGCCGAAGAACUUUGCAU